UAGCACGCUCCUACUUAGGCCUUACAGGCAAUAAUACCCUGUUACACCGAGAUGCUGGACAGUGUUGUAGAAGGUAAGAUGGUCUGUGGUCAGAUGACUCUGUCUUUGAAGUGUAAAAUGACUGACUUGGUUUGGGUGAGGGGCAGGAGGUGACAAAGUGUUUUAGCAAUUACUGUAGUGAUACGGUUCUGUCAUGCCAGCUUUACUCUUACCAUAUUAUGCACAGGAACAGUUUUGGUUUACUCUGUAUAUUUUUUCUUUCAACACAAUGAAAUUUUAAUAGCAUCAUCACUGCCUCCACUCAUUCACGUCUUGCUCCAGUGCUCACACAUGAAGUUGAUUCAGCAGGUCAGUAGUUCACUAGAACUUCUCUGUAUUUUCUAUUCUUUGAACGUGCAAUGCCUGAUUUAACACACCCCCCACACACACUUCCUUAAAAGUCAAUGGGAAUUCUGCUGUUAUUAAAAAGAGGUUUAAUUCUAAGAUUUUGCAUGCUCUAUUUAUCCUGAGGUUUGUAAGUGUCUUCUAAUUAGCAAGCUACACAAACACUUUUGUUCAGUCCUCUUCUAGUGAAUGCAAUCAGCUGCAGGCUAUAUUAGCAUUACUCAUACUUACUGAUAAAUGUAUGUGUGCGUGUUUGCAUCUUAUCUGUCUGUCUGUGUGUAUAUCAGUAAAUAAAAUAUACAUAGCACCAGUAAGUUCAUAGGAAGUCAAAAUGAAGUUUAAUACCACAAUUUAUACUUGUUUUUAAUCUUAGCACUUAAGCCUCCUAAAUACAAUUAAUCUUGUAGAAAAAAAAAAAAAAGUGAAACAAACUGUGCCGCAGUGAUACACGCCUCCAACAUCUCAAUCAGGAUUUGGGUCAGUGAAGAACUUCAGCCUGUUCUUGUGAUGAGAUUGUUAAACCAAAAAAACCUCAGCUACAACAAAAUUAUAUUAGGAUCUGUAAGGAAUGUAAUAGGGUGUCAGCAAAGAGGUUUAAUACCUCUUAAACUUGUGGACUUAGUCUUGUUGACUUACAGGCUGUUUACAUGCUUAUUAAGCAAGUGCUGAAGUUGAUUCCUGCAUUAAAAAAGCAACAGGCAGGCUAAGGACUUCAUGUGGGAGGUAAGCUGAAGAGUACAGCCAGCCAUCUCCCUGUGUCACUGUGUCUAUCUCUUUUUCCUUUUUUUCCCUUUCCCUUUUUUAUUUGGGACUGGAUUUAAGGAUCAGUGAAUGUUAAAGGCUAAUGCUUUGAACAGCAGCCUCCCAGCCAGGGCCUGCCCCAAGAAUACGUGCUGCUGAGAAGGCUGACAUGGCUAGUCAUUGAAUUGCAAGGGAAAACACUAUUGUGUUCAAAGCCAAUAAAGCAUGGGUGUAAUUAAAGGCAGAAAUCAUAGUGUCAGUGAAUAGCUGUGACUAUUACAGGGCAGUAUUUGCCUUCCUGCAGGUGACUGCUGUGAAUCCUCCUACACACUGACAGCUCUGCGUAUUUCAACAGAUGUUUACAGAGCAGCCUGUGUAUUUUCCAGAUCAGUUGGCCUUACCUACUGAAAGAUGGAGCGUCAGAAAUCUUCUCUUAAAAAAUCCAGAUUUUCCUGAGGAAAUUUGUUGCGAAGAAGUAGCUUGUAUUGUUGGAGGAUGUUUUUAAGGUCUUUUUCUUUUUUUUUUUUUUUUUUUUUUUUUAAUGCACACAUGUAUGUGUGUGGAAACACACACACAGUUUUCCUCUGAUUUUGGAUUUCAGAUGUGUUUCAUAGAAUCCAGAAGGUUGUCUCUCCUCUGUCAAUAUUUGUGACUGGUUAAUGAUCAACCGCUUGACCUCAUGGCUGUUCCUGGUGUACAUCCAAAUUUCUCUCCUGUCUUCCCCUAAAAAAAUAAAGAAAAGAAAAAAGUGAGUAUACUUGCAUGGUUCUGGGUAAAGUGAAUGCAUUCCGGAUCCUGUGUUUUGGCGAAAAACAAAGAGGUAUGUCCUGUUGAAUCCUGGUAAAUUAUUUAUCCUGGGAAGGCAAUCUGAAGAAGCACAAACUUCUGUCUUGUAGCCGUUACUGCCAGGUACGUGGCGGAUGGUUUCCUCGCUGGGGUUUGUGUGCAUGGCUUCACUUGACACGGCCGGGGGUGGUUUCGCAGCAGCUGCCGUCGCUGGGCGCCCCGGCUGCCGCGCAGCUCGGCCUCAGCCUGCCAUCCUUCGCGCCGCAGGCAAGGCUGUCGCUGGCACUGGCUGCGGCUCAGUCUGGGCCGGAUCACGCCUCCCAUCUCCACCGUAGCUUUUCUGUUGCUUCCGUAGGCUUUGGAUCAGGCCCUGCACCACAUCCCGGGCGGGACCCGUCUCUGCACGUUGCCUUGCGAACUGCUGGGAUUCGCGUUGUCACGCGCAGCAUCAGCGCGGCUUGGAGAAACAACGGACACCAGGUCAAAAUGAACUCGAUAGAAUUUGCUUCCUCUGUACCUUGUCUUGUCCUUUUCCUCCUACUUACCUUUUUUGCAGGCUAAUUCACCCUUGGUUUUAUGACAGUAUAGCAAUUUCAUUCUUCUUUUCCCUCCAAAGGAAAUCAUCGGGAAGUCAGAGUAUUCUAAGUGCUCGCUCAAAUGGAGGAGAGUUCCUCACUUGUGAUGUUUCUCCUACUGAUGUGUUCCAUCAACAGCAGCUGUCCAUUUUCAUAUUCAGUGUUUAUGAAAAAAGAUGAAGCGCACGAGGUGCUGAAAGUCCACAAACGUGCUAACUAUUUUCUAGAAGAGAUUCGUCCAGGGAGCUUGGAGAGAGAAUGCAAUGAGGAAAAGUGUUCAUUUGAGGAGGCUAAGGAGAUCUUCCAUUCACAGGAGAAAACGAUGGAGUUCUGGUUCAAUUACAAAAAUUUAAAUCCGUGCAGUACCAACCCCUGUAACAACGGCGGAGUCUGCAAAAUAAGACACUACAAUUACUUUUGCAUCUGCCCUCCAAAAUUUGGAGGCGACAACUGUGAAAAAGAGAAGUUUGAAUGCUGGUAUAAGAAUGGUGGGUGCUGGCAGUACUGCCGGGACAGCCGCAGCGCCUUUCAGGUGGCAUGUUCCUGCGCAAAGGAUUACACCCUGCACGAGGACGGGAAGAGAUGCGUGCAAGCAGCGCGGUUUCCGUGUGGCCUGAUUAAAGCCAGGCAGACUCUGGAGCAGCUGGGGCAGAAAACGCUCCCGAGGGGACUGCGUGAGCACGGGGCUGAGGUGGCCAAGCUGCAGCAAGGUGCUGUUGGGGAAAAUGAGACCUCAAAGGCUGCCUUGGAGCAGAGCACAGGCACGGAGCGGGACGCUGGCCAGACGGAGGUGGCAGGCGAUGCCUCGGGCUGGAACGAGACACUGGUGGGCUCUGGGGCCCCGCAGCCGCUGAGGGACGGUGCUGCUGGGCCGGGGGUGGGUGUCCCCCAGCAGGGCACCGCCAGGCCGGGCAAGCCCGGGAGCGAGCCGACCCCUGGCCCUGCGCGGCACGACGAGAGCACGGCGCCUGCUGCCGGGCAGGACGUGGUGGAAAACGCUGCUGGGCAAAACCAAAGCGGGGCGAGAGCUGGCCAGAAGCAGCCAGGGGCCAUUCGGGCCCUGCACGGUGGGCUGGGGCAGAGCAGGGACUGGGGAAACGCUUCAGAUACGCCUCAGCUGGUCCCGACAAAUGCCAGCUCUACUUCAGAGCACACUGACUCCAGGAUAACGGGAGGAACUUUGUGUCACCGUGGACAUUGCCCCUGGCAGGUUUUGAUCCGGAAUAGUAGAGAUGUGGGUUUCUGUGGAGGGAGUUUAAUCAGCAGUCGCUGGGUGGUCACUGCUGCUCACUGCUUCGAUCUCGUCAGACCGCACCACGUGACCGUCGGAGACUUCGACAAAUACCAGAGAGAAUUCAAAGAACAGAAGAUUGACGUGGAACGGACCUGGACACAUCCCCAUUAUGAUUCCAAUUACUACAACAGUGACAUCGCCUUGCUGUACCUGAGCAGUGAUGUUAUUUUUAACGAGUACGCCCUUCCCAUCUGCCUCCCAAGCCCCAGCCUUGCCACCCUGCUCUCCGAAGAAGGAAGAACAGGGAUGGUGAGCGGGUGGGGUGCCACUCACGGCCGAGGUUCGACUCUGCGCUUCCUGAUGAAAGUCCAGCUGCCCCUCGUGCAGAGGGAGACCUGCCAGCGCUCCACCGCCAGGCUCGUCACCGACAACAUGUUCUGCGCAGGUUACAGCACCGAGGCUGCCGACGCCUGCAAAGGGGACAGCGGGGGCCCUUUCACUGUGUCUUACCACAACACUUGGUUUCUCCUGGGGAUCGUAAGCUGGGGCGAGGGCUGCGCUGAAAGAGGAAAGUACGGUGUUUAUACGAGAGUAUCCAACUACAUCCCCUGGAUUAAAGAGGUGGUUGAAAGCGUGACAGAUUCAGAAGACUUUUCCAUUAACUUUUCUUAAUGCCAUCUUUAAAGGCAGGGACACUACUAUUGCUACAGAGUAUUUCAGUCGAAAGACACUGUGCAGUUCCUGUCUUUAAUGAUGUAAAAUCAAGAUUCUUGUCAAAGAAAUUCUAAGUCUCUGCUUACCGUAAGUGGUUAAAAUAUUCAUGCAAGGAUUACUGAGUAAAAUACCUGUGUAUAAUAAAGAACUAUUCUGCAACUA